UCCGUGGCCGAGCUCUCCCGCUCCUUGUUGUAGAGCCGAUCGAGAGCCUGUGCUGAAAACCGUACACAGCUCAGACUAGUCAGUAGAAAGUCUUCAGAAGCAACUUUCUGACAGCCUGUCUUACAUGUACUUAGCAGUACUUUCUGAAUAAAUAUCUGGGACAAGAGUAGCUAUAAAGCAUGGGGCAGGCGGUGAGGAGGAUUCGUCGAGAGCCGAGCCUGACAUCAUGGAACGUAGUUGGAAGCAGGAGCUACAUGAGAAGGUUUCCCAGCUUCCUGGACCCUCAUCAGAAAUUUCCUGACAUCAUCAGCCUUCCUCCCGAGAUAGCACUGAUGGUGCUGUCAAACCUCACUGCCACCGACCUCUGCCUGGCGAUGACCGUCAAUGACUUCUGGAGGGAGCUCGCCAGCGACGAGAUGCUGUGGCAAGGGUUAUGCAGGGCUACUUGGGGAUGUGUCACGGCGUAUGAGAGAGGAAACGAGGAUAACUUCUCCUGGAAACGUCUCUACAUGACCCUAGAUGAAGCCACGCUCACAUUCAAUGCCAGUGCAGAUCUGGGGCUUGAGUACUUAUUUAGCCAUCAGCUGAUCAAUAAUGAUGUUGACGAAAUUGCCAAGUUUAUUCACACUACCAACAAGCUUCAUCGUAGAGGCGUCAGGGACUUACUUUCAAGGAGGCAGGACAUCUUGGAGGUGAUCAUUAAGCUGGACGACUACGCCAACAAGUUCCUUCCUAAUGCUCUCAGGACAUUCUUCUCCAACGUUGACUCGCCUAGUGUGAGUGGCAGAGACCUUAAUGAGCUUCUUCAGAAGUUUGCAGAGAGAUUCAUCAACUGCAACCCUGACUGCGGCAUGACAAAAGAUGCCAUUUGUAUUCUGUCCUACUCGCUGAUCAUCCUCUCGGUUGACCUGACCAGCCCACAUGUCAAAAACAAGAUGUCCAAGCGAGAGUUCAUCAGGAACGUUCGGCAGGCAACAACAGAGGUAGGGGAUGAGCUCGCGGGUCAUCUCUAUGACAACAUCUACCUUGUAGGCCACAUCGCCCCACAGAAGUGGAUUGAGUAGGGCCCCCUUGAAAACCUUGCAGUGACUUUUUCAUACUGUUUUAUACUCUGUAAACUAGAUUGAACAUAUUUCUAUAUGUGUUGAGUCGAUUUGAACGUAACCUGGUAUAGACGUGAAGCACAGCUUGUGGCAGUGUUGUGAUCGUGAGUAUUUGUUUCAGCUUUUUCGCGGUUUGGCGGCUUUUAAAUCACAGUGAUUUAAAG